AUGAGGCGCGCGCGGCGCGAUGAGGAUGCUGACUGCGCGCGACGCAACAGGGCGCUCCUCGUCCUUUUCUGUUGCGUCGAGUUCGUUGGCGCGCUCGCUAUAAACGCGCCGCUUCCCUUCCUCUCGACCAUGCUGGAGAGGAGUGGAUGUACGCCGACUCAGCUCGGUGUGGUAUUCUCAGCGUUACCCCUGGCGAUACUAGUGGGGUCCCCGAUCGUGGCACCCUUGCUGUGGCGCGUGGGGGCUUUGCGGAUCUUCACCGGUUCGAUGUUUGCGCUCAUUCUGAGCCUCCUGGUACCGCUCCUGAUCAGCGCCCACGAACCAUGCGGGGUGGGAGAGGGCCUUGUCGCGUGCGAUAAAUCGAAGACGUUCAUCAUCACCACUCUUUGGACCCUAUCGCGGUUCGGUGUGGGCCUCGUCGAGGCUUUCAUCUCCGUCACGUGCCUGUGCCUGAUCACCCGGCAUAUGCCGCAGAGGAUGGCUUCAGCAUAUGGAGCGAUUGAAUUUGCGAUGGCAGUCGGUGGCUUUGUCGGCCCCGCGCUGGGGGGCUGGCUGUACGAGAUCCACACCUCACCGACCCUCCCGUCGAUAGCGAUAGCCAUGGCGGUGGCGAUGGAGAUCCCGUACGUGUAUUCGGUCUCGUUGCAAACGGACUUUGAUGCCCCCGUCGCGAAGGGAGUCGACGUCGAGGCACAGGUGAAGAGCGUGGGAUACGGCUCCGUUGACAAUGUGGCGCUGCCUCGACGUCAGGGUUCUUUGAAGAUCAGGGGCGGGGGCGAAGGUGUAGCAUCGGACGCUAAAACCGAGAUGAAACGGCGGAACCUUCUCACGCGCCCUCUCUUCAUCGCAUGCGUGAUUCUGACCAUGACGCUGUCGGCCGUCUGCGGCGUCAUCGACGUGACGAUACCGCUACACUGGGAAAAGUCGCUCGGUAUGAACGAGGGCGCCAUAGGAUCGGCGUUUGCAGUCCAGUCCGCGAUACAAGCUGUCUGCUCACUCCUCGUCGGGCCCAUCAUCGAGGAAGGCCUGUCUGGAUCUCUCUCAGAGUUUGCCCUCGGAGGGUCCACCCUGUGCGCUCUGGGCUUUUUUUUCUUUGGGCCGAGCAGGAACCUCCCGCUGAGUUCCAACAGUCAGUGGCGCGGACGAGGGUGGCAGGGGUGGACGACGCGAGUGUACAUCGCGAGUACUCUGUACGCCGUCGGGCGCGGGAUCGCGGAGGUGCCGCUGCUCCCAUUGAUGCAGGAGUCGGUGAGCGACCUGGGUGCAGAGUACAUCGAGGCUGUCGCGGGUCUGUUCAAUGUUUGGUACUACCUCGGGGAGAUGAUCGGUACGGGAUUUGGCGCGGAGUGGGGGGAGAUGAUUGGGUACGAGUCGUUGUAUUCGGUGGCAGGGUUCGGCAUGGUGCUGGCGGGGACGGUGUUCCUGACGGUGCGCAUAUUGUCGGGGGAGUGUUGA